UUUCAAAGGAUAAUAAGGUAACUCUACCAAAAAGAAAAGGAUAAUUGAUUUUUAAACCCUAAUUGCUUUGUACCGAAACCCUAUUCUAUACCGAUCGAUUGUAUUGCAGAGAAGAGAAGAAACACAGAAAGCCAAAGGGGGAAGAAGAAGAAAGAAGGAGGAGGAAGAAGAUGGCUCGUAAUGAAGAGAAGGCGCAGUCUAUGCUGAACAGGUUCAUCGCCCUCAAGGCAGAGGAGAAGAAGAAGCCCAAGGAGCGCCGUCCCUUCCUGGCCUCUGAAUGCCGCGACCUCUCAGAAGCCGACAAGUGGCGCCAGCAGAUCAUGCGCGAGAUCGGCCGCAAGGUCGCCGAGAUCCAGAACGAAGGCCUUGGCGAGCAUCGCCUUCGCGACCUCAACGACGAGAUCAACAAACUCAUACGCGAGAAGUCUCACUGGGAGCGCCGCAUCGUCGAGCUCGGAGGCCCUAACUAUGCCCGCCACUCUGCCAAGAUGACUGACCUUGAAGGCAACAUCGUCGACGUCCCUAAUCCCGGAGGCCGCGGCCCUGGCUACCGCUACUUCGGCGCCGCCAAGAAGCUCCCCGGCGUCCGCGAGCUCUUCGAGAAGCCUCCUGAGCUUCGCAAGCGGCGCACUCGGUACGACAUCUACAAGAGAAUCGAUGCCAGCUACUACGGUUACAGGGAUGACGAGGACGGCGUGCUGGAGCGUCUCGAGGGGCCUGCGGAGGAGAAGAUGCGGCGCGAGGCGGCGGAGGAGUGGAUGCGGCUGGAGGAGGUGAGGAAGGAGGCUCAAAAGAGUGUGAAGAGUGGGGAGGUGGCGAUGGUAAGCGCGGCUGCGAGGGAGAUCCUGCACGAGGAGGAGGAGGAGGUGGUGGAGGAAGAGAGGAGGGAGAGGGAGAUGAGGGAGAGGGCAGAGGAGAAGGAGAGGGAAUUCGUGGUGCACGUGCCGCUUCCGGAUGAGAAGGAGAUCGAGAAGAUGGUUCUGGAGAAGAAGAAGAUGGAGCUUCUCAGUAAGUAUGCCAGUGAGGGUCUCUUGGAGGAACAAACUGAGGCUAAGGACAUGCUUAAUAUUCAUCGUUAGGGUUAGAAAUUUACAUGUUAUAGCAUCACCAUCUAAUUACUUAUUAAUUUAGCUGUUCUAUGACAAUUUUCCAAUUCUAUGAAUGAGAAGGAAAUUACAGAAGAGGAUUUUAUAGGAGAAGUUUUAACUCCCAAGGAUGAAUUGCUAAUGAUUUUGUUCUUGUCUGGUGGUAUGACUAACAAUGCUGUACAUUAGUGAAGAAUACUGGCUUUAUUACAUCAUGUAGAUGGCAUAUGCUGGUUAUUUGCUUUUGCUUCCUUCUCUUUUUCACAAAGUGAAGAUAAAUUUAUGCCAUGCUGCUGCAAGUUCCUAGGCUGAAAACUUUCAUUGUUUGGUCCUGUAAAGUGUUCAUUUUGUUGUAUUGCUAUUGAAAUCAUGGAAUGUUUUGGGUUG